AUGGACCAAAGCCUAUCGUUUGAAUCGGGACAGCGGCCCCACUUCUGGCCACUGCUGCGUGCGCAGCCACCACCCGCCAGCCUGGCGAGGCGGUACAAGCCUGUGGUCUCUGGCCACAGGUCGGCGGUUCGAGCCGCGCAGAAUCCGGUCCUGAGGGGUCAGGCGACGGGUUCGGGGAAUGACCAACUUGCCGGCGUGCAAAAGCUCCUCGACUCCCCCGCUGCCGUCGCCGCCUUCCUCCCGCCCUUCCUCCACCGGCACCAGAUCGCCGAGCGCAACUUCAACCGGCUCUCGGAGCGGCAGUACGCCGAGGACCGGUACGACACGCUCAACCUCACGUCGCUGGACCUGAUUGACGCGUGGAACUAUGUGCGGCUGAGCUUUGGUGUCGCUGUCGGGAUCCCACCCGAGGACGAUGACAACGGGCACGGCGAGCACAAACACCACGGGCUGUUCUCGAAGCACAAGCAGCACAAGACUACGCCAGGCGCCAUCACCCUCGACGGGCGCGAGACGGAGCCCAUGACCAACCUGGUACAGCUCUCGGGCUUUGCCGACUCGGGUAACGCGCGCCACCGCGCCGCGCUCGCCAGCCUCGAGCCCCUGAUGCGCGACUACCCCACCAACAAGAUCCUCUUCGAGACGUUCGAUAUCUGGGAGUGCGUGCUCCGUGACGGCCAGGUACUGGCCUACGUGUUCAAGGUGCACGGAGGGGCAGCACCGCCAACACUGCCGCACGAGUGGACCGUCGCGCCGCGGUCGCCUGCGCCGUCGUUUAUCAGCCAGACGUCGAGCCACGCCCGCGCGAAGGGCAGGGAACACCCUCACGCUGCGCUCGCGGAAGAGCGCGACCAUGACGCGGGCAGCUUGCCAGCCUUCCCGCAGCACCGCGACCCACAAUACCGGGACCCCACGGCACGUGUCGCGUUCCCCACGCCCCACCCGGCGGGCGGACAUCCGUGCCCGUCCGGAGAACACCCGCUGCCGCCGCUUCCCCCUGGUGCUACGUAG